CAUCGACGCGAGGGGUAAAAAUUUGAAUCUAUUGCCUUCAGGGUCCUGCUUAUUAUCAUCCGACACUUCUUCCUCUCUCUUCCCGCCUCGUCUGUUACCUUGAACUCUUCAUUACAUUUUCCCAGCUUUCCGAUCUUUCUUAUAAAAAAAAAAGUAAAAGGGUCAGAGUAGAUUGUAGGUGCCCAACUUCCGCUUCAAGCUGUGCAUUUACAUUCAUUUCAAUUGUUCAGCUACUGACAGUCAAUCUUGCAGCCUUCCGGGGUUUUUCUUCUUCAUUUUCACCCCGCACUUGAUCCAAUCGUUCAAGUUUCACCGCUUCAUUCAAAAUGUCUGCUCCUGCCGCCAAGUUCAAGGUCGCCGACCUGUCCCUUGCCGCUUUCGGCCGCAAGGAGAUCGAGCUCGCCGAGAAUGAGAUGCCUGGUUUGAUGGCCAUCCGUCAGAAGUACGCCGAGGACCAGCCUCUCGCCGGUGCCCGUAUCGCUGGUUGCUUGCACAUGACCAUCCAGACUGCCGUCCUCAUCGAGACCUUGACUGCUCUCGGUGCUGAGGUCACCUGGACAUCCUGCAACAUCUUUUCUACACAAGACCACGCCGCCGCUGCCAUUGCCGCUGCCGGUGUCCCCGUCUUCGCCUGGAAGGGUGAGACCGACGACGAGUACAACUGGUGCUUGGAGCAGCAGCUCUCCGCUUUCAAGGACGGCAAGAAGCUCAACCUCAUCCUCGACGAUGGUGGUGACUUGACCCACCUUGUCCACGACAAGUACCCCGAGCAGCUCAAGGACUGCUUCGGUGUCUCUGAGGAGACCACCACCGGUGUCCACCACUUGUACCGCAUGCUCAAGAACCAGAAGCUCCUCGUCCCUGCCAUCAACGUCAACGACUCCGUCACCAAGAGCAAGUUCGACAACCUCUACGGUUGCCGCGAGUCCCUCGUCGACGGUAUCAAGCGUGCCACCGAUGUCAUGGUUGCUGGCAAGAUCGCCGUCGUUGCCGGUUUCGGUGACGUCGGUAAGGGUUGCGCCCAGGCCCUCCACAGCAUGGGUGCCCGUGUCAUCAUCACUGAGAUCGACCCCAUCAACGCUCUCCAGGCUGCUAUGGCCGGUUACCAGGUCACUACCAUGGAGAAGGCCUCCAAGAUUGGUCAGAUCUACGUUACCACUACUGGCUGCACUGACAUCAUUGUUGGCGAGCACUUCUCCAACAUGCCCAACGACGCCAUUGUCUGCAACAUUGGUCACUUCGACUGCGAGAUUGACGUUGCCUGGUUGAAGAAGAACGCCAAGAGCGUCUCCAACAUCAAGCCCCAGGUCGACCGCUUCCUCAUGCCUUCCGGCCGUCACAUCAUCCUCCUCGCCGAGGGCCGUCUCGUCAACUUGGGUUGUGCCACUGGCCACUCUUCCUUCGUCAUGUCGUGCUCAUUCGCCAACCAGGUCCUUGCCCAGAUCAUGCUGUUCAAGGCUGAGGACAAGGCUUUCGGCGAGAAGUACAUUGCUUUCGCCAAGGCUGGCAAGCUCGACGUCGGUGUCUACGUCCUGCCCAAGAUCCUCGAUGAGGAGGUCGCCCGUCUCCACUUGGACCACUGCAACGUCGAACUCAGCACCCUCAGCCCCAAGCAGGGUGAAUACCUCGGUCUCGAGGUCGAGGGUCCCUUCAAGGCUGACCACUACCGAUACUAAUUUUCGUGUACACCAUCCAUAUCAUGUCCACCCUCAACAAGGAGGACUGAUAUAUCUUUCACGACCUGCAGUCUGCUGGGCUUCUCAUAGAUACCGGCAGGCUAUGUUUCAACAAUGCAUACUGUCUGCGGCAUAAUCGGCAUAUAGGAUAGGGGCUCAACUUUUGGGGAAUCAAAAGUACGGAUAAAGCUGGGUCACGAUUUUCAACAAAACGGCGUUGACAUGAUGCAUGAUGAUUCCCCUCAUGGCGUUCUUUAUUUGUGGUUUGGAAGCGAAAGAUCUGAUAAUAAAUCUGGUUAACCAGAUAACAGCUUGUUUAGAAGCUGGUUUGGCCCUAAUAGCCAUGACCCUUCAACCGGGUCAGAAGAUAAACAAUAAAAAAGUUUAUGAAUGAGU